UCUCUCUCGCUCUCAUAUUUGCAGGUAAAGCUUCGUUGAUUCGUCCUCUUUAUGUUCAAUUAUAGUUUCGCAUCCCUCCUAUGUCUUUCUUUCUAGAUCUUAAAGCAGAGUCAUUGCUUAACCCUAAUUAUCACUGUUCUUGUAUAAAACACUUUUCACCUAAUCAUUGAGAUUGUUACGGGAUCUGAUAAUUGCGUCUGUGAAUUACAAGAAAUUAGGGUUUAUUUCUUCUUGAUUUUAGAUUGAUCUUUUUGCAGUUGACAAUUCGUUCUCUUUGGGAAAUUAGAGAUGCAGGCAUCAAGAGCGCGACUGUUUAAAGAAUACAAAGAGGUACAGCGAGAGAAAGUAGCAGAUCCUGAUAUUCAAUUGAUCUGUGACGAUACCAACAUAUUCAAAUGGACCGCUCUUAUCAAAGGACCUUCGGAGACUCCUUACGAAGGCGGUGUUUUUCAGCUUGCUUUUUCUGUUCCUGAACCUUAUCCUUUGCAACCUCCUCAAGUUCGAUUCUUGACCAAGAUAUUCCAUCCUAAUGUUCAUUUCAAGACAGGAGAAAUAUGUCUCGACAUUUUGAAGAAUGCUUGGAGUCCUGCUUGGACGCUUCAGUCUGUGUGUAGAGCUAUCAUAGCAUUGAUGGCUCAUCCUGAGCCGGACAGUCCUCUUAACUGCGACUCAGGGAAUCUUCUAAGAUCUGGUGAUGUGAGAGGGUUCAAUUCAAUGGCACAAAUGUAUACACGCCUCGCCGCUAUGCCUAAGAAAGGAUGAUGAUGAUGAUGAUCCUCUUGCUUUUUUUUUGUUUUUUUUUUUGAAAUUUGUAAUGAUAUUGAUUUGCGAGAGUGAAUACAUUAUUAACGAGAAGAAGAUGAUUCUUCUUUAUUAGUUCACAAUAUUACAAUCUGUCAAGUUGUCAUAUCUUCUUGUUUAAGGAAUUUGUCAAACCAGUCUGAUGAUUCUUUGAUCA